AUGAAUCAAAUAAAAAAAAAAAAGAAUAAGAAUUCAAUGAAUAAUAUCAAAAUAAUUUUCUUAUUUUUUAUCAUCCUUUCCCCUAUAUACGCUACUGAGUAUCUAAUAACAUUUAAAGAAAAGGAUACAGUCCCACAAUUUUUGAAUUCAUUAAUUAAAGAAGGCAAUCAACUACAUGAAUAUUUUUCUCAAAGGAUUAAAAAAACAUUUCGGAUUGGAUCAUUAUACGGUUUCCAUUCUAAUUUAACUAAAGAAUUAGUGAGAAGAAUUCGAAAAAAUCCACAUAUUUCGGAAGUUAUUCCGAAUCUUAAGAUCAAUGCACUCUUUCCAAUAGAUCAAGAUGAGAAGAACUUAGAAGAUUUAGAUGAUCAUGAACAAGGUUCAUCUUCGUUUGGAAUGAUGGUGAUGCAACAAGGUGCACCACGUCAUUUAGCCAGAAUUUCUAGUAGGACACAGUUACCUUUUGAUUUUGAUAAUGUUACAAAAUAUAAGACUAUGUUUAAUUAUUAUUAUUAUUUGGGGAAUCAAGGUAGCAAUGUGCGUGGAUAUAUAUUAGAUACAGGAAUAGAUACUACAAACUCGGAAUUUGAUAACAGAAUAGAAUUGGGGUUUGAUUGUACAGGAGAGGGCCCAGGAGAUUUUAAUGGUCAUGGCACUCAUGUAGCAGGAAUAGUAGGGUCUCACACGUUUGGUGUAGCCAAGAAUAUUACUUUGGUUGAUGUUAAAUGUUUAAAUGGAAAAGGUCAAGGUAGUUUAAUAUCUGUGAUAACAGCAUUAGAAUGGGCAGUCAACGAUUGUAAUGAACAUAAAGAAAAGAAGUGUGUAGCCAAUUUAAGUCUUGGAUCAUUAAAGACUCAUAUAAUGAAUAAAGCUAUUGAGGAGGCAACAAAAAAGGGAUUGAUUAUAGUGGUGGCAGCAGGAAACUAUAAUAUGAAUGCAUGUUGGGUAAGCCCUGCUUCAUCAGAGAGUGCUAUUACAGUGGGUGCAUUUGAUGAUCGAUUUGAUACGAUUGCCAAAUUUAGUAAUUGGGGACCAUGUGUUGAUAUAUUUGCACCUGGUGUAUCUAUAGCUUCAUUAGUUAGUAAGACAGGUCUAACUAUUAAUAGAGUUAUUAAAAAUGGAACCAAGGAAAUGGAUCCACAGGACAUAAAUAUUUCAAGAUAUGUAGCAUAUUCAGGAACUUCAAUGGCAUCACCGAGUGUGUGCGGAAUAGUAGCAUUAUUAUUAGAAGAAGGUAUACCGGAAGAUAAAGUAAAAGAGGAAUUGAUAAAAAGAUCGAUAAAGGAUGUGUUUAAUUGGAGAUCGUUAAUGUUUAAACCUAAUACACCUAACAAUGUAAUUCAUAAUGGAAUUGAAAAGGAAGAUGAUGUAUUUGAAGAUUUAACAUUUUCAAACAUUGAUGAAGAUAUAUUGAUAAAAGAAUUGAAUGAAUAUGAAGCAGGAAAGAAAAAUAAGAAGAAAGAGGCCAUUAAAGUCAAGGAUAAGGAUGGUAAAACCAGAAUCGUUUAUUUAGAUAAUGAUUUAUGUUUACCUAAUAGUGAGGAAAAUAAUUUUUUUUUGAUUCCGUAG